UGACGAGAAAAUCUUGAAACGUGCUGAAUCCUGGUUGAUUAGAUGAUCGCCCAUUUCUUUUCUUAGUGAUUGAGACUGUUCUGUUGUGUUCUAAGAUUUGUUCUCCAAGGAGUUUGGUCUAUUUGAUAAAAUAGAAGGAAAAAGAAGUUACUUGGUGAAAAGAGUGAAGACAGACAUACAAAGAAAAAAAGAAAGAAAGAGAUAGGACAAGAAGAUACAAGAGGAGGAAUCGAAGAUACAAGAGGGAGAGGGAGAGAAGGUCGAUGGCUUGUAAAUGUCCAUUAAGAGCUCCUGCCUACUCUGCAUCUGUUACCACGAAGCUCUCUCCUUCAAUUUUGUUCACAUUUCAUUUAUCUCCUUCUAAACGACAUCGUCUCACCACCUGCUCUUUGCACAACAGCAAUUUCUUAUCCUCUCCUAUUUCUUCUCGUCGCAGACCUAUUUCAGGUGUUAAAAUACAGAAAUCAAAGAAUGCGAUAGUCUGCUCUGCUUCGAAUCAGAAGAAGAGACAAAGCUUAAAUUUUAAGACAUUGUUUGGGAAGAAAUAUUUGUGGCGGAGGAUACUUUUCGCGUCCAGGAAAGUCAGGUCCAUCAUUUUACUCAAUGUCAUCACCGUUGUCUAUGCGAGUAAUAUUCCAGUUGUGAAAGAAAUUGAAGCAGUAAUGGAUCCAGCAACUUUCACUGUUGUGAGAUUUGUUGUCGCUGCCAUACCAUUCUUGCCAUUUGCUUUGCAAUCAUGGGAUGAUGCUCGAAUCCGUAAUGCCGGGAUAGAGUUAGGGUUUUGGGUUAGUCUAGGGUACCUAACGCAGGCACUUGGUCUGCUCACAUCAGAUGCUGGUCGUGCAUCAUUUAUAUCCAUGUUCACUGUAAUUGUAGUUCCUUUGCUUGAUGGUAUGCUAGGAGCAAUAGUUCCUGCACAGACCUGGUUUGGAGCUCUCAUGUCCAUUGUAGGGGUUGCAAUGCUGGAAUCCAGUGGAUCUCCUCCCAGUAUUGGUGAUCUCUUGAACUUCUUAAGCGCAGUGUUUUUUGGUGUGCAUAUGCUUAGGACAGAACAUAUAUCAAGAAGCACAGAUAAAAAGAACUUCUUACCUCUUCUUGGAUUUGAGGUAUGUGUUAUUGCUAUCUCCUCAACAAUAUGGUAUGUCCUUGGAAGCUGGUUUGGUGAUGUCCAAACUUGUGAUCCAUCAUCAUGGACAUGGGAAAUGGUUUGGCAUUGGUUGGCUGUUUUCCCAUGGAUACCUGUACUUUACACCGGCAUAUUCUCAACAGGGCUAUGCUUAUGGAUAGAGAUGGCUGCUAUGCGUGAUGUUUCAGCAACAGAAACUGCAAUAAUUUAUGGUUUGGAGCCAGUCUGGGGUGCGGGAUUUGCAUGGUUUCUUCUCGGUGAAAGGUGGGGUGCCACUGGUUGGAUUGGGGCUGCUUUUGUACUCGGUGGAAGCUUGAUGGUGCAAAUAUGUGGAUCAUCAUCUUCUUGUGUAUCUGGCAAAGAUGAAUUGAGAAGUGAGAAGGUGGAUCACCUCCUGGUUUCGGAUAAGCAAAAUGAUUUCUCUACCUCACCGGUUAGGGUCAUUUCCAAAAAAGAUGUUCCUAAAAUAUUAAAAAAGUAAGGCACUUUAGUACCCUUAUCAUCCCUUUCCCCACAAAUUUUAUAUCAUCUUAUAUAGUUGUAUAGCACCGAAGUCCUAAUUUUGAAUAGCUGCCGGAGGCCUGAGCUGGUGACCCCCGAAGCAAGACUCUGACAUGUAUAUAUGUGCAUAUAAAAUACAUAUUUAUACAAGGAAUGGAAAACAGAAAAAACAACUACAUAGAACUUGCUUUCUUGUUAUCUCUCAUUUCGUAAUUUAAGCAUUUCUUCUAUGUU